CCCGUAGACCGCCAUUGUACACAGCUCGUACCGUAGUCGCUGGAUAGCUUCUGAGUGAGCUAGACGCGUUUAUUCACUGUGUUUGUCCGCUAUGCCUGCCACGGGUUACGCGCAUCAAAACCUUGAGCAGCCUGUGGCUAAGAAAACCGAGUUCGGCAUAUUGACGAGUUAUGGAAGUAUUAUAUUAAUAAGUGCUAGUGCUGCUAUUUGUUUUGCCAUAAUUUUGUUAGCGUGUCAUAUUUGUGCCAAAAAGAAACUACUAUGGUUCAAUAACAAAAGCAAAUUACCUACUGCUGCAUCAGAGCCGCAUUUGGCUUUUUAUCACCGAAAGCCUACUACAGCUGUGAAAGCAGUCAAGAAUCCUUCUGGAACGCAUUACUUGAAAAAAAGUCCUAGUCCAACUGGCAAUAAAACUCCUAUAGGUGACGGAAGUCUUAGUCCAGAAGAAUCUGAAAAAAUAUCAAAAAUAACUCCAAGUAUAAGUCCAACCUGUGAACAAAAGAACGUACAACCGCCAACACAUGUUUUAUCAGUUGUGCACGAGAAUGAAACAGAUAAUAAAGUUUUAUCAAAAAACAAUACAAAAAAUAUCGAAAAUGGUCCAAAUGACACGAAUGGCAAGAAUGGAGUUUUAUUUUUCAAAUUAAGAUAUAAAGAAGACAAAAAAGUUCUUCUAGUUAAUAUCAACAAAUGCAUGGACUUACAGCCCAAAGAUAAAAGUUCCAGUACAAGUGAUCCGUAUGUUAAAUUACAAUUAUUGCCUGAUAAAGAACACAAAGUGAAAACUCGAGUACUAAGAAAAUCGAGAAAUCCGGUGUUUGAUGAGGACUUUACAUUUUUCGGAAUACAAUCAAAUAAACUUCAAUCUUUGACGUUGCACUUUGCCAUACUUAGUUUUGAUCGCUAUUCAAGGGAUAGCUUAAUUGGUGAAGUAUUUUUUACUCUAAAUGAAAAAGAUGUCCACGAAGCUAUCGAAAAAGAGCAAGUUUCAUUUCAAAAAGACAUUGUUCUGCGUAAUUUAAAACAAACUCAAGUUGCUGCUAAUCGUGGAGAGUUAUUAGUUUCUUUAUGUUGGCAACCUGCUACAAGAAGGGUCACUGUAGUUGUGUUGAAAGCCAGAAAUUUACCCAAGAUGGAUUUAACUGGAUUAGCUGAUCCAUUUGUAAAAAUUAACUUUUUGGUUGAUGGUACACGUAUAUCGAAAAAAAGAACGCAUAUGAAAAAACGCACUUUAAAUCCUGUUUACAAUGAAUCGUUUGUAUUCGAUUUACCAUCAUCUGUUGUUGAUUUGCAAAACGUUUGUAUAGAGUUUUGCGUUUUUGACCACGAUAGAGUUACCAAAAACGAGAUUAUUGGACGAGUGUUGAUGGGCAAUUCAAAUAAUCCAUCUGCAACGGCUGAACGCCACUGGAAAGAAGUAAUGAGUGCACCUCGAAGACAAAUCGCAGAUUGGCAUAAAUUGUCUGUUUAAGCAGUGAACAAUAAAAAGUAUUAUUAUACUUUAAUUGUAUAACCGCCAAUUCAUUGUUUAAUAUUUUUUUUAUCAACGGAAACUUAUAAUUUCAGAUAUCUUUUCUUCAAUUUACUGUAUAAUAUUUUAUAUUGUUUAUUUAUGUGAAUGAUUUCUAAUUUGUUUUGAACAAGUAACGAUUCUCGCUAUCAUUUAUUUUAUUAUAAAUAUAAAUUUUUAUUAUUCUAUUUUUUUGAUAAACUUCUUAUUUUCACAAGCUGUACGUUAAUUACCAAAUCACUUUUAAAAUAUGUUUGUAAAGUCUUGACAUCCAAGCGAAUUGAAAAUCGUAUGACAGGGUGCGAUAAAAAUAAAUACAAAAAUAAUGGUUACUAUGAAAUAAAAAUUAUGUCAAUAUUUUUUUAACCUAACCUAUAGUGCAUGUAAUGUUUUAUUUUUCUAUUUAAUUAUUUUUUUCAUACAAGAAAAUUUUAAUUAAAAUAUUUUGCAGUAAUAUUUGUGAAUUA